CUUCUGUCGCCUGUAUUACUGUGUCUGACCGCCGAAUGAAUCAGUUUGUUCAAGUAAAUCAGCGGUAAAGAUGGAGGAACAGCAGUUUACAUCACUGACGGUUCCUUCGGAUUAUUUCCAGCAGUGGUACCAGUCCAGCCAGCAGCACCCCAAGGCCCAGCAUGUGAUGCCAUACCACAACAUGGGCCAGUACGCAGAAGGUUCCAGAGAGGAGCCCGUCAUGGCCGAGCUGUCUGUUCACCAGGAGCUACCUCUUCCACAGGACUUCCCCUCACACCAAAACUGUGCCCCGGUCCAGCACCAAGAGCUGCUUUACCACCACCACUACCACCAGCAGCAGCAGCAGCAGCAGCAGCAGCAGCAGCAGCAGCAGCAGUUGGUGGCCCAGCACACAGCUCACCUCCAGUUCACAAGGCCACCGCAGGAGCCAGGUGUCCAGCAGCAGCCUCAGCCCACCGGUCCACCCCAAGCUGCAACACCAGUGAAGAAGAAGAGAGGGAGGCCUCCUAAGCAGCAGGCCGACGAGGGCAAGACGCAGGAGGAGCUCAACGAGAACGAGGCUGCCAAGAAGGCCAAAAGGGUUCUCAACCGCUUCAAUGGCAUGUCAGUGGCUGAGGUUAUGGCCAAAACCCUGCCAGACAUUAUUACCUACAAUCUUGACAUUUUGAUAGUUGGUAUUAACCCGGGAUUGCUGUCAGCCUUCAAAGGACAUCAUUACCCCAACCCAGGAAACCAUUUCUGGAAAUGUCUGUUCCUGUCUGGUCUGACAGACCAGCAGCUCAACUACAUGCACGACCAGAGCCUGCCCGAGAAAUACAGCAUCGGCUUCACCAACAUGGUGGAGAGGACCACACCCGGAAGCAAGGACCUCUCCAGUAAGGAGAUUCGUGAGGGAGGCCGGCAAUUACUCGAGAAGCUGCAGAAAUACAAACCAUUAAUAGCAGCUUUUAAUGGAAAAUGUAUUUACGAAAUCUUCUGCAAAGAAAUCUUUGGAGUAAAGGCGAAGAAUCUUGAGUUUGGUUUACAGCCGUACAAAAUCCCAGACACUGGAACGGUGUGCUACUUGAUGCCCUCCUCCAGCCCGCGCUGUGCCCAGUUUCCUCGUGCGCAGGACAAAGUGCAUUUCUACAUCAAGCUGAAGGAGCUACGGGAUCAGAUCAAGGGCGUGGCACCCAGCCGCGACGUGAUGGAGACCCAGUACUCCUUCGAUCUGCAGCUGGCUAAAGAGGAUGCUAAGAGGAUUGCAAUCAAAGAGGAGCAAGUGGACCCGGAAUAUGAGAGCUGUGGCGGCGGGAUGCACGAGGACGCCCGGCAGAGCAGCAGCUACUUCAGCAUCUCUGCCACCACAGAGACAGGAGCCAACAAUAAAGUCCAGGCGUGAACAUCAUGACUUGUAACGAGCGGCCGAGCAGGCAACAGAUACCUACUGAAACAGUAGCACCACACUUUUAACGGGGGUGACGGGUCCUCUGAAGACACCACAGAGGAAGACCAAAUAGAAGAAGAGUCAUGGGGUCAUACAGUUCCCUGAGGCAUCAGGACGAGUCACACAAAGGAGGAAUGAAAAUCAUUUUCAAACUCUUUCUAACAGACUGUUCAUGUUUAUUGGUGUUUUAUUUCUUUUUUUUUUUUUAUAACUAUUUAUUGCAUUUCAUACAGCAUGUGUGUCCAGUGACUUAUUUUUGUAUUUUGAAAGAAUGGAAUUUUAUGAUUAUUUGUGUAAAGGUGGAAUUUUAAGUCUGGACUUUCUAGUUUAUGAUCUCAGAGCUAUUAAAUCCCUGGUAAAACUGGUUUGAA